GAAACCGAAAAGCAAAGAAAAAUGAAAAGAAAAGAAAGAAAGGAAACUUCGCGAGAGAGAUUGGAAUAUAAUCCCUCUCUCCAUCUCUCUCACCUAUCGAGAUCGCAUCAGCAUCCAAUUACACACACCUCCUUAAACAUUCCUCAAAAUUACCAUUUUACUAUCCCACAAACAGAAAAAAACCAAAAAACUGAAAAAACUGAGUUAAAACAAAAAAAGUAAAGGGCAAAUAACAGACAAAGCAGCACAAAAAACAAACAUAACAAUAAUCUCUUCCAACUCUUUCACUCUCGCGGCCACCUUCACACAAUGAACCCAUAACCAUGUCAUCAGGGCCGCCGGAACAGCAACCCCAACAGCAAGAACCGCCACCAAAACCACCGCAACUAGUCCGUAAACUUGUAGUAGAAAUUCUUGACGCACGUAAUUUAUUACCAAAGGAUGGACAAGGCAGCUCCAGUCCAUAUGUUGUCGUGGAUUUUGACGGCCAGAAGAAGCGGACUUCAACUGUGUGUAGAAAUCUUAACCCGGAAUGGCACGAGGCUCUGGAAUUCAUCAUAUCCGAUCCUAGAACGAUGGAGUUUGAGGAGCUAGACAUUGAGGUAUUCAACGACAAGAAGCUGAGUAAUGGGAAUGCAAGGAAGAAUCAUUUUUUAGGGAGAGUAAAAAUUUAUGGGAGCCAGUUUGCGAGGAGGGGUGAAGAGGGAUUGAUAUACUUCCCUUUGGAGAAAAAGAGUGUUUUUAGUUGGAUUAGAGGUGAACUGGGUUUGAAGAUUUAUUACUAUGAUGAAAUGGUGCAAGAAGCUGAGGAACAGCCUCCACCGCCGCAACCAGAGCAGCAGCAGCAGCAGCAGCAGGCGCCACCACCGCCGCAGGAAGAAGUGAGGAAAACUCCUGUUUUCGUUGUCAUGGAAGAUCCCCGUCAGAGGAUGCUUGAAGUCCCUAUGCCGACGGAGUUUGCCAUGGAAGCACAGGAACAAUCCCCGCCUAUUGUCACGAUCGAGGAAUCUCCUUCGCCGAUGAAUAUGCCGCCGGAACAGCAGCAACAACAGUGUAGUCACAGUCACAGGCAUCAUGAGGAGGAUCCACCAAUGAUGACGAGUGUUCCACCACCUGAUCAGUACCCACCACCGGAAGUGAAGCGGAUGCAGGCGGCAAGAGCUGGAGAAAGAAUGAGAGUUUUGAGACGGCCAAACGGAGACUACUCGCCUAGGGUAAUCUCCGGGAAAGUCGGCGGUGAUUCGGAAAAAAUCUCGGCGUUCGAUCUCGUUGAGCCAAUGCAAUACCUAUUCGUUAGAAUUGUGAAAGCUAGAGGACUUGCGCCGAGUGAAAGCCCAUUCGUGAAGAUUCGUACUUCAAGCCAUUUUGUCAGGUCUAAACCGGGCAUUAUCCGGCCCGGCGAGCCGUUGUCGUAUCCAGAGUGGCAACAGGUCUUCGCCCUAGGCUACAACAAACAAGAGACGGCUAAUUCAACACUUGAAAUUUCAGUUUGGGAUAGCGCGUCUGAUAAUUUCCUCGGUGGAGUUUGUUUCGACCUCACCGAUGUGCCAGUACGAGAUCCGCCGGACAGUCCUCUUGCUCCGCAGUGGUAUAAUCUCGAAGGUGGCGGCGAUGACCAGCACAAAGUUUCCGGCGAUAUUCAGCUCUCUGUUUGGAUUGGAACUCAAGCAGAUGACGCGUUUCCUGAAUCGUGGAGCUCAGACGCACCCUACGUGGCACACACGCGCUCAAAAGUCUAUCAAUCUCCCAAGCUCUGGUACCUAAGAGUCACAGUGAUUGAAGCUCAGGACCUUCAUAUUGCCCCAAAUUUACCGCCGUUAACGGCGCCGGAGGUAAGAAUCAAAGCUCAGCUAGGGUUUCAAUCGGUGCGAACUCGACGAGGGUCUAUGAAUCAUCAUAGUUCGGCGUUCCACUGGAACGAAGACUUAAUCUUCGUCGCCGGUGAGCCACUUGAAGAUAGCCUCAUCUUGCUAGCGGAAGAUCGUACGACGAAGGAUCCAGUGCUCCUCGGGCACAUAAUAAUUCCUGUGAGCUCGAUCGAGCAGCGGGUCGAUGAGCGACUCGUGGCAGGCAAAUGGUUCGGAUUGGAAGGUGGGCCAGGUGGGUCCUACUGUGGAAGGGUAAACUUGAGGAUGUGCUUAGAAGGAGGAUAUCACGUGCUUGAUGAAGCAGCGCACGUGUGUAGUGAUUUCAGGCCCACUGCUAAACAGCUAUGGAAACCGGCAGUUGGUAUUUUGGAGCUGGGAAUUCUUGGAGCUCGCGGGUUGUUACCAUUGAAAUCCAAGGGUCCGGGAAAAGGAUCCACAGAUGCUUACUGUGUUGCCAAAUACGGGAAGAAAUGGGUGCGGACUCGGACCAUAACCGAUACAUUUGACCCGCGUUGGAACGAGCAGUACACAUGGCAAGUAUACGAUCCUUGUACAGUUCUUACAAUUGGCGUAUUUGAUAAUUGGCGUAUGUUUGCUGAUGCUGGUGAUGACAAGCCUGAUUAUCGUAUAGGAAAAGUACGUAUACGAGUCUCUACAUUGGAGAAUAACAAAGUGUACACAAAUUCCUAUCCUUUAUUAGUUCUGUUGCGAUCCGGGUUGAAGAAAAUGGGUGAAAUUGAAGUUGCAAUUCGAUUUGUUUGCCCAUCAUUGUUACCAGAAACAUGUGCUAUUUAUGGGCAGCCAGUGUUACCAAAGAUGCAUUAUCUACGCCCACUCGGGGUGGCUCAACAAGAGGCAUUGAGAGGGGCAGCUAUCAAAAUGGUUGCAGCAUGGUUAGCUCGAUCCGAGCCACCUUUGGGACCAGAGGUGGUUCGAUACAUGUUGGAUGCAGAUUCUCAUACAUGGAGCAUGAGGAAGAGUAAGGCUAAUUGGUUUCGAAUAGUAGCCGUCUUAGCCUGGGCUGUUGGGUUAGCAAAAUGGUUGGAUGACAUUAGGAGGUGGAGAAAUUCAGUAACAACGAUACUUGUCCAUGUUCUAUACUUGGUACUUGUUUGGUAUCCAGAUUUGAUUGUUCCUACUGGGUUUCUAUACGUCUUCUUGAUUGGUGUAUGGUAUUAUCGGUUCAGGCCUAAAAUACCCGCGGGUAUGGAUACCCGAAUCUCCCAAUCAGAGACAGUAGACCCGGAUGAAUUGGACGAGGAAUUUGACACAUUACCAAGUUCUAGACCACCCGAAAUAAUUCGGAUGCGAUAUGACAGAUUGAGAAUAUUGGCAGCAAGGGUACAAACAGUAUUGGGUGAUUUUGCAACCCAAGGAGAAAGGGUCCAAGCCUUAGUAAGUUGGAGGGACCCAAGGGCAACGAAAUUGUUCAUAAUCGUGUGCCUAAUUAUAACAAUAGUGCUAUAUGCAGUGCCACCAAAAAUGGUAGCAGUGGCCCUUGGAUUCUACUUCCUGCGUCAUCCCAUGUUUAGGGACCCAAUGCCACCUGCUACUUUGAAUUUCUUUAGGAGACUUCCAAGUUUAUCUGACCGUUUGAUGUAGUACAGAAACUACACUUUGCUGAUUAAAUAAAAAUUAGUCAACAAUAUUUUUUGGCGCCAGAAAUUGUGGAGAAAAAAAAGAGAGCUAGUGUGUGAAAAUCUCCUUUUUCACAAUGCUUGAAAAGGUGGGGUUUUUCAUUACAAACAUCGGUAGAAGUGAAAAGUAAGAGUAAAGGGGAAGUGGGGAAGGAUUGAGUAACUGUUGGAAUAAGGAAAAGGAGGGGAGUGGAGAUGAAAGGAGCCAUGGGGCUUAGACUAAUGGAGUGCGAGAUUAAAGGGCGGAGAUUUUUGAAAUGACAAAUUAUUUUUUGGCUGUAAUUUUGUCGUGAAAAGUAUUGACAUUGAUUUCUAUUUGACAAAUAUAAAACUGAAAGACAAUGAUAUCUUUCUUUUACA